AUGUCGUCAGCAGUUGUUCAAAUCUACGCAGCAGAUCGCAAUGCCAUGUGGUCAAAGAAAUGCUGUGGUGUCGCUUGCCUUGUAAAGGACAAUCCGCAGAGGUCGUAUUUUAUCAGAAUAUUUGACAUUAAGGAUGGGAAAUUAUUGUGGGAGCAGGAGCUGUACAAUAACUUUGUAUAUAAUAGUCCUAGAGGAUAUUUUCAUACCUUUGCUGGAGAUACAUGUCAAGUUGGUCUUAAUUUUGCUAAUGAAGAAGAAGCUAAACUAUUCCGCAAAACAGUAACAGAUUUACUUGGACGACGGCAGAGAAAAUCUG